AUGACAUCGAAUAUUUCACAAGAUGAUACUGAUUAUCAUCUUACAUAUAUUCUUCUUUUUCGUCUUAUUGUUUGGGGAUAUAUUGGUAUGGUGUUAAGUAUAUUUGGUAUUAUUGGAAAUAUCAUUACGAUACUGGUACUUAUAUCACCAUCGAUGCGUACAACAUCAACAAAUGUUUAUUUAACAGCAUUAUCUUGUUCAAAUAUACUUUUUCUUUGUAUAUUUAUUCCAACAUAUUCAAUGAAAUAUUUAUUAGGAUAUAGUGCAUAUAUGUCAAAUCAACCUCAAUCGGCUUUCGAAAUAUUUUUAAUGCGUUUACCAACAACUCCAAUCUAUAAUACAAUACUUUUAUCAAUUAUAUAUUUAACAAUAGCUGUAUCAAUGGAUCGUCUUAUAUUAGUUAUAUUUCCAUUAAAAGCAAAACGUAUACUAACAAAACGUGCAACACUUAUAACAAUAUUUUUAAUUUAUUUAUUUUCUAUCCUUUAUUGUAUUCCAUAUUGGUUAGAACAACAAUAUGAUCCAAAAUCAAAUUCAUGUCGUUUUACAAAAAUUGGUGAAAAAAUUUAUAAAUAUAUAAGAAUCUAUACAUAUAUACCUGUUGUUUAUGUGAUACCAUUUGUAACAUUAGCAUGUAUAAAUACAACAAUUAUACAAAGUUUAAUUGCAAAAAAACGUCAAAAAAAAAAUUUAGUUGGAAAAAAUAAUAAGAAGAAAACAGCUGAUUAUCAUAUAACAUUAAUGCUUGUAACAGUUAUAAUUGUAUUUGUUUUAAGUCAAUUACCGUUACUUGUCUUAAAUGUUUGGUAUGCAUAUGAUCAUAGUGCUCCUGCUGGAAAUUUAAACUUUCAAACAUUAAAUUCAAUUGGUAUUUUACUUAUUGUAUUAAAUACAUCAACAAAUUUUUUACUUUAUUGUUGUUUUGGUCAAAAAUUUCGUCAGACAUUAAUUGAAUUUGUUUUUAAUAUUUUUCCACAUCAAACAAAAAAAUCCAAUAUACAAAUACAAAAUUUGAAACAAAAUCCAUUAUUACCAUCAGCACCAAAAGAACAACAUCAAAGAAUAUCACGUACGUCUACAUCGACAACAACAAAUGAUUCGAAAAUGGUUAAAACAAAAUUAACUGAAUCAACUCAACAAAUUCUAAUUGGAACAUCUUCACCUUUAGAACAAAUUCCAAAUAGAACAUCUGAUGAAGAAUCAUGUCCAUUAAUAUCAUCGACUUUAAUUCAUACUCAACAUGUAAAUAAACAAAUAACUCCAAUUGAAGAAAUAUCUUCAAUGGAUGCUAAUAAACACAUAUCGAACAAUGAAAAACAAAUAUUAAUACUUAAAAUAUAA